GAUUCAAAAUGGACAAAAAACAAGGCUCAACUGCGAAAAUUAAGUCAAAAACUAAUUUAAAAGAUGAAAAGGCAAUAGAAUUAGCGGCUAAAAUAGAUGAAACCGAUGAAAUGAAGUUAAAAAUGUUAGCUGGUCUUGAUAAACCAGACCCAGAUGAUUUGCUAUAUCCGCCUGAACUGAAUGCUCACCUAAUUGAACAAUUAAAGAUAAUGACAGGGGAGAAUAAUGAACUUCGAAAAUGUAUAUUUACAAAAGACGAAGAAAUAAAGUUACAAAAUAAAACAAUUGCCGAUUUAAAUCAACAUAUACGCGAUAUAAUAUCCGGUUCUGGUCCUGCAAUAUCAUCAAAAUCAGCCGGAAUUAUUAGCGCUAAAAUCACAGAGCUUUGCAAACAGAAUCGUCAUUUAGUUGCUGAAGUGGAGAGCCAUAAAACUAAAAAUGCUGCUCUAGAAAGAAAAAUCAUGCAACUGGACCUAAUGAAUAAAGAAAAUGAAAAAUUGGAAGCUUGUUUAUGUAAAGACGACACAGUCGACGUCAAUCCUGAUGAAUUGAAAGACCUAAAUAACAAACUAAUAGUCGUUAAUAAAAAGUUGUAUGACAGCAAGAAUAGGAAUCUUGAAUUAAAAAACGAUAUUCUUAUAGCGACAAAAAUAUUGCAACAGGAAUUAGGGGAUAAAUUCACUAGUAUAAAAGAUCUUCAAAAUGAUUUAGCAGGUUGGAAAGGAAGGGCUCAACAAAUAGCUCUGUUGCAAGGCAAAAUUGCUGUUCUAGAAGAAAAAUUGAAUGGAAAACAUAAGGAUCUUCUUGAAGCUAAAAAGAAUGAUCAAACAGUUAUAUUACGAGACCUAGAGAUGAAACGCAAAAGAGAAGUAGAUCGAGCGAUGAAAGAUUUUGAAGCAUUAAAAGAAGAUAAUAUUGAUCUUAAACGUAAAUUGGAAGGAGCUCGAUGUAGAAUAAGAAACUUGGAAUGUGACGCUAUAACAUUGCGACAAAAAAUGCAGACAUUCGUUGAAAAAAGUAAUCACGAUGAUAUGCUCGUGAACGAACAAAGGAAUCAAAUCAAGAGCUUAGAAUCCUACUAUCAAGAAAUUUUGAAAGAAAAUACUGUAAAAAUGAAUAAAAUGCACUCUGAAAUAGUUGAGUAUCAAAAACUUAUUAAGAAUACAGAUGCUAAAAUUGACGCAUUAAGAGAACAAGCAACAGAAAAAGCUACAAAGAUUGAAGAACUACGAGCGCAAUUACUGAGAUACGAAGAAUGUUCAUUGCAAAGCGUUUUCUUUACACCCAUGAAAACUGCAACAGACAAUGAAAUUAAAAAGCUUUCCGAUUUGAUUCUUAUUUUGAAUCAAAGAAUAGAUAACGAAAGGCACAAAUACGAAGAAUUGGAUAUAAUUCAUAGAAAAACAAAAGAGAAGAAAAGGAGACUUGAAAGAAAGGUUGCUUUGGUUGAGGAAGAACUGAAGGUAAUGAAAGAUUCGAAAAGACCAUCAAGAGCUUCUAAAACAGCUAUACAAAAGGAACAAACGUUUGAUGGCUUUCCCUCGACUGCAGCUUCGUUAGGAAAAAAACAAUCGUCAAUUGCUGCUAUCGCCGUAAGACCUAGUGAAGCAGUAUCGGAUGAAUCUCCAAGUGAAAGUUAUGAUUUGCUUGAUAAGGAUGAACUCAAGUUUAAACUAGAACUUGCCGAGGAAAAAUUAAAAAUAUUGGAAGAUAAACUCAAAAUGAUAGAAGAAGAAAAACAUGAUGAUUAUUACCAUCUGGUUGACAUGAUUCAAACUUCGAAACAAUUAUUCAAUGAGGCCUUAAUGGUUUUAAAAAGAGACAAGUGUCAGUGUAUGUCAUAA